AUGACAGAGAACGUGCGACACCUCAAUCAAGAACGGCGAACUACGCCAUCGAACCUCGGCAACGAAAUGCAGGUUUGCCCCUCCUCUUGCGCCCGUGGUUCUCAAACCGCCUCUGCAGCUUCGCAAGAGCCUGGACCUCCUGGCGUCCAACGUAGCCAUACGUCUGCUCCCGCGGCCGAACUACUAGAGCACCGCGGCGGAUUGACUGGCGAAGCUCCUGUGGUCUCCUCUCCGGCUCAUGCCUUCGCGAACAACUUCCAGGAGAACCAAGAGCAGGGUGCUGACCAAUCUGGCUCGGGCAUGUCUGGUCCUGCUUCAGGCGCAUCUUCUCCCGGUAAUGGUAUUGACCAGGCUACACAAGUCACCGCGGAUAUGCUGGCCAAACCUCCAGGACAACAACGCUUUGCCACUCAUAGUGCUCUGCCAAACGGAGAUUUCAAGCUCGGGGGAAUCAUCAACUUCCCGAUCUUCGAGAUGGGCAUGGACGCGGAGGCAAAGCAUAUAAUGAGCGAGUUCGGAGAGAUCAAUGGCAAAUGCCGGUAUGGACUCAUUCUCCACAAGUCCCCCAAGCACAUGGCCGUACUUGUGUUUGGCACGAGCGGCGGAAAGGGACCGGAUAACCAGCCGGAAGCCAAGAGGCGCAACUGUGUCGGUGUCACUCAAGAGGGUACCCCGUUCAGCCACCGAUUGCCUAAUAGUUGGGUGUUGAAAAUUCCCAAGCAUUCCAAGUACCAGUCCAUUCCCGGGGUGUACUUCGACCUUACCUUCGUCGUCAUGGUGCCGUACGACUCGCGCGUCGUGCAGUAUGAUGUUCUUGCCUUCGCCGACUUUCAAUGGCUUCUAGACCUCUACUACGACAAGAUGCUAGAUGCUGCAGGCUCUAACAUGGGAAUGACCAUCUAUCGUAGCCCUCUUGGGCGUAACUUAGAGAAGGCGCAAGCACAAAUCGAGGAGCAGCAGCCACGCGAGCAGCAACAAUCUCGGAGGGUUAACGAGUCAAGAAACCAUCAGGCGCCUCGUACGCCUUUCGCAGCGCGUGAUGAGAAUAACUACCUUAAACGACCAGCAAUUACAGCAGCACGUCUGCAUCCCAGCACCAAUCCAGCAAGCAACAGCGGUCUUCCCGGAACUCCUAUGCUCACCGUCGAAGGGAAUAUCCAAACCGCACUAACUACUAUGAACCCUCCCGCGGUGUCGACCACUACACGCCUCCCACGCAGGAUUGCAACCGCUCCCGCCAUGACUCACAUCCCCACCAUCGGCACUCCGACGCUGACUACUAUAGCCACCAAGGCUCUAACCGCACUGGCCAAGAUAGUGGUUUCGUCUUCUCGGACGCGAAUUCCACUCCGCUUGGACGGUCGCGCAUGCGAUAGCAACUCUCCCUCGAGGGUCCCUAAUCAAUAG